CGAGAGGUGAUCAGUAAAAUUGAUAGUCGUUAGAAAUGGAAUAUUAUUUCAUAGUAAAUACUUUGAUAAAAAUUUUUUCAAUUAUUUUAACAAUUUCUGAAAAUGAUGGAAUAAAAAUUACCAAGUUCAAAUUACCAGAAGCUAUCCAUAAUGGCACGGGUCCAGUUGAGUUAAUUUGCGAAUACAAAAUAGAAAAUAAAGAGAAUGGUCUUGUAAUAAAGUGGUAUCAUAAUAUGGAACAAAUAUACCAAUGGAUUCCACCAAUGAUUCCUCAAGAUAUUGGAAUAAUAUCCGGAUUAACAGAGUAUCCAAUAGAAAAUAUAAAUCAGCCAUUAUCUCGUUCAAUCAUUCGCUUAAAAAAGGUCAAUCUUGCCAUGACUGGUGAUUAUACAUGCAGUGUAAGCACUUUUCAUGAAGAUGAUUCUAAAGCCAAGACAAUGACUGUUUAUGUUCCGGACGAUGAUCUUAAUAUUCAAGCUAAUUUUUACAACAAAUCUCAUAUAAAUCUAACAUGUAUUGCUAAAGGUGCUCAUCCUAGACCGAAUUUAACUAUUAUUGUGGAUAAUCAACAAUCCAAACGUGGUAGAGUUCAUGUUGAAAAAUUUCUUGACGAAUAUUAUCGAGAUUACAAAGAUUAUCCAUGGAUUAGACAAGAAGCAUUACUACCUAUAUUUUUCAAUCUUGCUAUUAUUCAAUGUGAGAUUAAUAUACCAGGAACGGGUUAUCGAAAACGAGAAAAGCUUGUAUAUUAUCCUGAUAAAUAUAUCAAUAGAAAUUGUGCCUCUUCGAAGAAAAAUUAUUCAAUAAUAUUCAUACUUUUAAUAAUAUUGAUAGCGUGAAUAUUUGUACAUGCGAAUAUGUGUUUAUAAAUAAUAUAAAUAUAUCUGUUUUAUUAUAAAAAAUUCAUAGUUUAGUUAAUUGUGAUAGACAAAAAUUUUUAUUUAUUUAAACAGUAAUCAUCACUGGAUGAACAAGUUAUUGAAAGAACCGAUUAACUUGUAGGGUUGCUCAAUCAGUCGUAAAAGCUUGACGCGCAUUUCCGUUUCGCUAAACAGUUGAUCACAUUCAUACAAGUAUCGAUCUUAAUAUUAACUUUCACUUUAUGUACACAUUACAUAUAUUAAAGA